AUGCUCUCUAUCUUUCGCGGGCGGCGUUAUGUGAUUGUUGCGAGCCUCGCUACUUUCAUAUUCAUCACGGUCUGCGUGUAUUCCCAACGAGGAAUUUUCUUUCAGGACUCGAGGAAUGCUCUAAACGAUGUCCCUCACCAAGCGCCUCCUAUCCAAAAGCAUGGCUAUCCCCUUCCUGUGGCCUUGUCUCCUCCCGGAGAUUACCCCUCAACGUUGAGCGCGGCGCCUCAGAGUCGUUUCUGCGCCGAACGAUUUGACCUUCAGUACUUGGAGAAUGCCGCCAAGAAUCAGACUAAUUACUGUGAUGUCAACUCCAAGUCAAGCAUAACCUGUUUUCAUACUCAAAUCGACCCAGGAGGUCGAGUAGAUUCAUUCUGUGUUUCAGGGCCCGCGACCUUCGACCACAGCCAAAAGAAAUUCAUCCUGGACUGUUCCCUUCGAUCAUUGAGCGCCGAGGAAUCAAGCAAGGGCGUGCCAAAAUUUGAAGGGUUUCCGGCCUAUUGGUAUGGGACGGGACCGCGACAGAUAUUCAGCGAUUUUGUACGUCUCGAUAGGAGUGAAAACCCUUCCCAUAAGCUUCCACGUGGACGACGGAAUUUCUCGGUCCUCAUUAAACGUGAAGACAGCCACUAUAACGUUUUCCAUUCUCUCAUGGAGAUUGUUGGGCUCUCCUUGACGUUGGAUACCAUGAGGAUGGCUCAAAAUAGAGACACCACCCUCCCCUUCAUUACGCCAGAGGAGUUCGCCAAUACCCAAGUUAUUAUCUUGGAUGACCUCCUGGACGGGCCUUACUUUGAUCUAUGGAAACUCUUUGCGAAGCAGCCAACGAUCAGACUGAAAGAUAUAUCGGCAUCCGCAGAUAUCAAUUUGGAUAACAUUAUAGUCCCCUUACCUGGGGGUGGUAGCCCCUUUUGGCAGAGUCAUUGGGAGCCACUCGAUUGUGAACAAUCGGAACUUCUGCAAACGUUCUCCAAAAGAGUUCUCAACUUUUAUAACAUCCGGGAUGACGCUCGCCCUGUGGGGAAAAGCCCGCUUGUGCUUACGUUCAUCGACCGCAAGGAGAAGAGACGCUUGAUUAAUCAGGACCAAUACAUUGAGCGUCUGAAGGCCAAAUUCCCAGUGGUUGAGGUUAACGUGGUGGAUUUGGCUUCGUUGCCCUUUCGCGAGCAAAUAAAACUAGUUCGCCACACCGACAUCCUCGCUGGCGUGCACGGGGCCGGGUUAACGCAUGGAAUGUUCCUACCUCCGCAUUCAACAAUCGCCGAAAUACUGCCCCCCAAACUAGAAAAUAAGGGUUUCCGAAACCUUGCGAAGAAAAUGGGUCACAAAUAUUUUAGCAGCCACGCGGCGGAGCAUCAGACCAGUGACUCGAAAAAUGAUUGGCAGUUUGAUGACGUCUUCAUUGAGGAGGACCGUUUUACGAAUCUAUUGGAAAUCGCCGUGAAGAGCAUGUACAACAGAGGCUUGCAUGAUGAGGAUGUCAAUUAA